CAAAAUCCUACAUUAUCCAUGCCUCGCACCUCCUCCUCCCAACAGCCCCGUCCCUCUCCGCUACCCUUCUCUCAACCUCACCCGCCGCCCAAUCCACACCCGGAAUAUCCAGCGUAUGCAAGUCCUGCAGUGUGAUACUGAUACCUGGUUGGAACGCACACGUGCGUACCCUCCCGCGCGGCAAGGAGAAGAGAAAGGAAGCCACGGCGUCGAGGACUACAGUGGUGGUGUGGGAGUGUCAGAGUUGUGGAGGUGAGAACCGGUCGGAGGUUGUGAAGCCGAAGGUCAAGCGGAGGAAGAGCAAGGAAGCUGGUGGGGUAAAGAAGGCUGAGGUGGGAGGGGGGGGAGAAAAGCAGGUGGGUAGGGGCGGGAAUCAGGGGAGUAAAGCUAGGGCGAAGAAGAGGAAGGUGGGCUCGCUGGCGGAUGCGCUUGCGAAGCAGAGGAAGGGUGAUGGAGGUGGUGCUGGAGCUGGAGUAGGAGGGUUUGGUUUGGAUUUGAUGGAUUUAAUGAAAAUGGAGUAGUAUUUGUUGAUUCCUGCUAAGAAAUUUUGUCUCUGAUCCCUGUCGGCCUUGUGACAAUGACAUGAUACUCUAUCACGCAUACACCAGAGUGGGUAUUACCAGAGUGAGUAUUUCUCGUCAUCUGGUCGCUCUUGCUUUCGUCAACUCUUUCUUACUAUUGCUAGAAUUUCGAGUUACCCUACCGGUCUUGGAGUAAGACUUGGUGAAACUUGUCGCUUGAGAAAGGCAACCAGAAGGCUAUUAUUUCGGCGUCUUGCAUGGCGAUAUAUAUGCUUAACACAGAACCCCGGCGAUACCAGGAUACUAAAUUCGAUUGAACCCGACUCAGUGCGCUUCUCACCUAGUCGCCUCAUCACAGCAUCAUCUAUAAUCAUCAACUGUCUUAAGUUACCUUCCCAGCACCACGCCUGGAAACUCCCCUCCAACCAUCGCCACCUCUCCAUCACACGCCCAAUCGUCCCCCCCGCACCAAUACAGCCCGAAAUUCCCGGCUGACUGUUCGUAUGAUGUUUCGAUUCUCAGGCACCGGACGUCAUGGCGAUCUAUCAGUCACAGCAUGCGCGCGGCAGCCCCGCAUGACCCAGUGUGACUAGAACACCCGCCCACCAAUCACGCGCGAAACCGUGCAAUAGCGGUCGAGAAACUCCCUAAAACUUGGAAACAUUCCACCACCAUGAGGGUCCAGGAAAUACCACAUUAUAUGCAAGACAUCUUUUAAAAUGCCCAUAGCAAGUGGUUCAACGCCAACCUGUAGCACGAGCACGCAGGGCGCUGAGCCAGAGGAGCCCUUUCGUCCGGGUGUUAUUCGGAGUUUGAGCUACAGGUCUACGACUCGGUCGCCUAGGGGUCCAUUUCCGCCUGGAGCGGCAAGCACGGUGGGAGGAGGAGGAGCCGGGGCGGCCGAUUCACAGGCUACCAUUACACUCGCGAACGUUCAUGCUGUUUCUACUGGGGGUUCCGGCUCGCAGCAUGCUUCGAGCACGAACCCGAGUCCGGUUCCGAGUCUGAGUAGUGCUGGUAGCGUAGGUGUGCCGGUGGCUACACCCGGACUUGGAGUCAAUGCCGGGACGAGUAUGAGUCUAAGCUCGAGCCCGAGUUUCAACACCGGCAGACACACAACCCUCGUUCCAGGAGACGAAGAACCCCGCACCCAACCCGGGGACCACGCCGACCACCACUCCCACCACUGCCACCACUCACACCUCCACCCUCACCACCACUCUCACCAUCACCACUGCCAUGACACAAAAUCCAGUCUCCACAACACAACUGCAAGUAGCUUUUCUUGGUCCACCUCUAACCAUGAGCCGGAUCCGCAUUAUGAGAGAUUAGUAUUCGACUACCGCGUCAUCGCACAGUCCAUGCACGCGUACAGACACAUUUCGAUAUUCCGGCGGUUUGGGAGACUAUCCAUGGCAAAUCUACUAUACUACCAGCACGAGCUCACAGAGAUCGAGCAUGCACUUGGAGGCGUUGAUAGGGAGGAAACAAGGUGGAUGCAUACCGGAAGCGAGAGUGAGAAUGUCGGGAUAGAGUUAAAAGAGACGAGGUUUAAACUCAUGAGGAGGUUAAGAGAGACUCUCAAAAACUACUAUGAAGCCCUACUCCUCCAAGAACAAAUCUUCACCUCCCUAGACCCACCCCGCGCCGCAGAUAGCAACCUCCUAUCCGCAUUGGAAGACCCCAGCACCCCACCCCUAACCCUUGUCGACCCCUUCGGCAAGAACACUGACGACCUCGUCGCGCUGGGCCUCGGCGGGCGCGACUCCCUGGAAAAACUGGUAGGUAGGAUUAUCCCACAGAUAUUCCCGCACCGGAACCCCUCCGUCGAGGACGUGCGCGAGCGGAAUAUGUCGCAGCGCGACAUAGCAUCUAUAUUCUCCCCAUUCACCAGGAGAAUCACGAGGAUGGUGAUUGCCCUUGCCACGGCACUGCUGAUGCUAGGGCCUAUGAUUAUCCUGCAGUUCCUGACGAGCGACCCGUGGAAGCUGGUUUGUAUCAGUGUUUUCACGAUAGCGUUGGCGGUGCUGGUCGCGCUGGGGACGCGGGGCCGAGGGGAGGCGAUUGUAAUGGUUAUUGCGGCGUAUUCGGCCGUGCUUGUUGUGUUUGUCCAGGGGAAUGGGGGGUGUGGCGAAGGGGGGAGUUGCGGUGGACGGGGAGCAGCAUAGACACAAGGGUGCAGGUGGUCCUCACUCUUUCAUGUUUGGGCUACAGAGUUUUUCUGUCUAUAUUUUUUUUUUUCCUUGCAUCG